AUCCCUAAUAAAUUUCAGAAAAAUUCUCCUUUCAGAAAUUGAUUUAGUGGGCGAUCGAGCUGCCAAUGGAAAAUGUUAACUCCUAUGAAGAAGCUAGAAAACAACGUUUGGAAGAAAACAGAAGGAGGUUUCAGGAUUUAGGUGUUGAUAAGAUUGUCAAGAUUCUAACUCCAGUUGCAAAGACGUUUAUUAAGGACCGUCCUCUGCGGAAAAAGCUAAGAUCAGGCACAUCUACUAGAGUCCGAAAGGCCCAUGAAAAAGUUGCUACUGCAGCACAGCGAGCUCAUGCUAUUAAGCGUGCUGAGGAUUUCCGAGUUCAGCAUGUGCCUUCUAGUCAUCCAUCUUAUGUCAAAUCAAUGCUCCAAUCUCAUGUGUACCAUGGCUUUUGGCUGAAUGUCCCGAAUGAUUUCUGCCAAAAGUACUUAACGGAGGAGAAAAUGACUAUUGUGCUGGAGGAUGAAGAAGGUGUUAAGUAUGACACUAUCUACAUUGGAGAAAAAACGGGCCUCAGUGGUGGCUGGAAGGCGUUUGCUAAGGAUCAUAAGUUGGAUGAUGGCGAUGCCCUGGUGUUUGAGCUUAUUAAGCCGACACGUUUUAAGGUCCAUAUCUUUAAAGGGAUUAUUGAUGGCGUGGGUGAAGCAAACACCAAGAAGCCGAAGAAAGGUAACAGAAGUAAACCUAUUAAGAAAGUGAAGAACUCUGGUGCAGAAGAGGAGGAUAUGGUUGAAGAGGUUGCUGAACAAAUUGCCAAAACAAGAGAGAGACAAACCCGGAACUCGAAGAAAUCUGGAGAUGAUUUUUAGGUGGACCUUAAACGAUCCCAACUACAUUAGUGGCGUUUCAUUUUGGAGACCACACACCUACUAACCUUAGAUGGUUUCAGUUCUGAUACUUGUUUCAAGUAAGGGUGGGUUAUUUCUGAUUUUACUGUAAAAAGAGUUGACAUGUAUAUCUAGUAUUUGCUAACUGCUACGUAAUUCUAAAUACUAGUAUAAUUUUGUGCACCAUCUACAAUCUGGCGCAUUAACGGAAGUGACGUUUUGUAAUGAAUCUACCAACCUUUAAGCAGAUUUUGGUAAUUCUGCUGCGUAGUUCUAAAUACUAGUCUAAUUUUGUGCGCCGUAUAAUUGUUC